AGAAUGCAAUCGUAAGCUGCAUAUAGGUAUAUGACACCGCUCUAGAUCUACGAUUUCGUGUUUUUGUCCAGUAUUAUUAUCUCACAUAGUAACAACAUUUACGACACUAGACACUUGUGUAAUUUGCUAGAAAAAAUUCAAGAGGUUACCGCGAAAGUGGCGCUUUUUAUUGGUUUUUGUUCGAACAGUGAUGUUACGUGACAGAAUGUCUCGCAACAAAGACAAGCAUGAGGGCGCUAGCGGGCGCACGUACCACAUCAUGUCGGAGGCGGAGCGGGCAUCUGGCAGGCGCGGUGGCUGGACUACGCUUGAGAUAACAGGAGGUGUGCGCGCUCUAGCGCCCCAACUGUUCCAACUGACGCAUUUGACAGCGUUGUACCUCAACGACAACUCACUGCAACGGAUCCCGCCUGACAUCAGCCAAUUGGUCAACUUGCACACGCUAGACAUGUCCAACAAUAAGCUGAGGACGCUGCCCGCUGAGCUGGGCGACCUUAUACAACUUAGGGAACUCCACUUGCACAACAAUUAUCUACGAGUUCUGCCAUACGAUCUCGGCAAGCUGUUCCACCUGCAAAUGCUCGGCUUGCAGGGGAACCCCCUCAGCAAGGAGAUGCUGUCGAUAUACAACGAUAACAACGGCACGGCGAAGCUGCUCACGUACCUGCUGGACAAUUUGCAAGUUACUGCCACUCUACCACCACAGAGGCCUUGGAUACCCUUGACGAGACCAAAUAGGAGUCGUCCCACUUGUAUAUUCACGGUGAUGUGUUACAACGUGCUGUGCGACAAGUACGCGACGCGACAGAUGUACGGCUACUGCCCGAGCUGGGCGCUCGAGUGGGACUACAGGAAAAAGGGGAUCCUCGACGAGAUUAGGCACUAUUCAGCGGAUAUCAUCAGCUUACAGGAGGUAGAAACGGAUCAGUUCUACAACUUCUUCUUACCAGAAUUGAAGCAGGAUGGUUACGACGGCAUCUUCUGGCCCAAGUCCCGCGCAAAAACAAUGUCCGAAUCGGAGAGGAAGUACGUCGACGGAUGUGCCAUCUUUUUUAGAUCUGCCAAGUUCGCAUUAGUCAAAGAGCACCUAAUAGAAUUCAACCAGCUGGCGAUGGCGAACAGCGAGGGCUCGGACAACAUGCUCAACCGGGUGAUGCCGAAGGACAACAUCGGGCUUGCCGCGCUGCUGAAGACGAAGGAGGCUGCGUGGGAAAAUGGUGAGAAUUUUAACUUCUCAGGUCUUCCAACGGAAACAUCAGCGGUGGCGCAGCCGAUACUGGUGUGCACGGCGCACAUACACUGGGACCCGGAGUUCUGCGACGUGAAGUUGAUACAGACGAUGAUGCUCAGUAACGAACUUCGCUCGAUACUGGACGACUCGGCGAGGACGCUUCGCCUGACGGGACAGAAGGACAACGUUCAGCUGCUGCUGUGCGGGGAUUUCAACUCUCUGCCUGAUAGCGGUGUGGUGGAGUUCCUAUCAUCGGGCCGCGUGUCCGCCGACCACCGCGACUUCAAGGAGCUCGGCUACGCGACGUCACUGCGCCGCAUGCCCGGCUCCGAGCACGAGUUCACGCACAACUUCAAGCUCGCCUCCGCGUACAGCGAGGACAUCAUGCCCUACACGAACUACACGUUCGACUUCAAGGGCAUAAUCGACUACAUAUUCUACAGCAAGCAGUCGAUGACGCCGCUCGGGCUCUUGGGCCCGCUCUCGCAGGAGUGGUUCCGCGAGCACAAGGUGGUCGGCUGUCCGCAUCCGCACAUACCUUCCGACCACUUCCCCCUACUAGUGGAACUCGAGAUGUGCCCCACGUCGAGCGCGAACUCGAACGGGCUGAUCGGGCGCAGGUAGCACGCGCCGCGCCGCCCGCCCGCGCCCCCCGCGCGCCCCGCACACCCCGCCCGCCCGCACCCCGCACACCCCGCUCACCCCGCACACCACCGCGUGCUGCACCACGACGAGCGGCGCCACGAGCGGACCAGGACGUGACGUCAGCGAGCACGCAGCGGGUGUGCGAUGCGAGGUACCAUCUUAUUGUAGAGCAAGGAUAACAACGAGUUGUAAAGCGGUGUGGAACAUGACCAUCUUGUAGUAAAGUGAUGUACCAUCUAAUAAGUAAAGCAGUUUGGAAUGGGACGUCAGGUACCAUCGAAUUGUAGAGCAGUGUGGAACGUGACCAUCUAUAGCCAUAGUAAAGCAGUAUCAAACAAGACGUGAGGUACCAUCUAAUAGUAAAGCAGUGUGGAACAAUAUGACCAUCUAUUACCAUAGUAAAGCAGUACGAUAUGGGACGUCAAGGACCUUCUAAUUGUAAAGCAGUGAUAACAUCGAAAAAUAAGCAGUGCGGAACUUGACCAUCUAGUAAAAUAGUCAGGACGUCAGGUACCAUCUAAUAGAAAAGCAGUGAUAACAACAAAAUAAUAGCGAUCAAGCAUGGACAUGAGAGACCAUCGAAUGUAAUUGCAGUGUGGAAUAGAACAUGAUGUACCAUCGAAUUGCGGAACAAGACCAUCCAGUAAAGCAUUAUGUAAUAAUAAGACGUGGGUACCAUCUUAUAGUAGGCAGGAUAUGACGUCUGUUGCCAUCUAAUUUCAUUGAAAAAUCGUAUAGCAGUGAGUCGAGUGCAAUUGGUAGCGCUGUAUGUUGACUUGGUUGCUAAUUGAGAUUGAGGAUCUCUGGGCUUAUAUGGGUGAUUUAUUUUUUGUCGUAUUUUAGGUUCAUUAUUUUUUUUAUAUGACCGAUGGAAUUUUUUUUUUUUUAUUUUUGAUUGUAGUUUGUUUAGAUUUUACUUUUGGUGCAAUAUUUUAAUAUCGAGUAAAGCAUGCGGGAAAUCCAUCUUAAUUUUAUAAAUUUUGCAAUAAAAUUUUCGCUCAUAUAACCCAGAGACACUCAAUGGAUGUCAUUUGACAUUGUGACUUUAACUUAACGGACGUAGAAUGGUAAAAGAACAAAUGAAUUUGUAAUGAAACCUGUGUGGAGUACUUAUCGAGAGUGUAAACUGUUUCUUAGUUGUCACAAUAAUUAUUAUUGAAGUAUGUAAUCAUAAAUUGGCACAGCUAGCAUGUGCAAGCGAGAUAGCUUGUUGUACAAUGUAGUGGAGUGAACGAGACAGAAAAAGUUUGUAGCAGUUUAUGAUUGCAUCCUUUAAUGUAACGGAUCAUUUAUUUGCAAGCAAAUUUUCUAUGAUGGGAAAUAUUUUCGGUUCUUUUAUCCUUUCUUUUAUAGAACUUUAUGACAUUCGAUUGUUAUAUGUAUUUAUAGCUAAAAUAUAUUAAAUAUAAGUAUAGUACUUAAUUUCUUAUCCACGGUUUUUCUUACCUUGCAAAUUCUACAGAUUUCAGCUACGUCCAAGUUUACUUUGACAAAUCUUUUGCUUGAAUAUUUUCAUAAAUGGACAAGUGAAGGCGCUUUUCAAUAUAUUUUGAAAGUAUGUGUUGUUACACUCCUUCGUAUUGGAUAUUGGAGUGUUUAGUAUUUUGACUUAUUUAUAUAUAUUACCAAAUUAGUACCAUAUUUAUUUUAUGUUUUAAUGGAACUAAAAAUAUCUUUUUUUUUUCUUUGACUUAGACAUCACAAAAAUAUUAAAUUAUGUAGAUUGAACAAAAAAAUGGUUAUUUUUGCCACACAAAUAAAAUUAUUUUCAGUAUCCAUUAUGAAGGGGUGAGUUAUUUUGAAUGCUCAGUAAAGUACAGUGUUUCUAAUCGAUAUUUAGCUUUAAGACUAUUGUCUGUGCAAUUGUAGUUUUCAAUUAGAUAAAAAGAAGUAUUUUCUCACAGUGAUCGGUUUAAAAUUAUUAUUGAUGUUGUUUACCGUUCUCAAAGUGUAGCGAGAUUUAGUUUCAAAAAAUAUUUAUACAGUUGAGGAAUGUAUGUACAUAAUGCAUAUAGCCUGACAUGUAUGGAACUGCCAUUUUUUCUUGUUUUUUUUUUUUAUUAUUUUUUUAAUUUGAGAUAAAUUAUGUACAUUUUAGUUUUUUUUUUGACAAAAACAUAUUUUUAACAUUCUAAAUCGACUAAGUGUUAAUUGUUUUAUUGAACUGAUCUGUUUUAAGUUAUAGAUGUCAGUUCCAUACGCGAGGUGAUAUUUAUGGGAAAAUAAUGUGCUUGUUAACGAAUGAAUAAAACCGAAGUGAAUGAAUAUCAGACGUCCAUUUACCAAUUAGUGAUAAAGGGAUUCCUCCACUGUAUAUUGUUAGGAUAAUCUGUGAAUACUUUGCUAUGUAUGUGUGUGUCAUGUAGGUGACGUUGUGUAUGGAAAACCAAUGAGACUGUUAUAACAAUGUGUUCUUCAAUCCGAUUAUGGUAUCUAUUCCCACGUGUUAAAGACCUAUAUGCCCUGUCCACAUUUGAAUUUUAUUUUUUAAGCUAUUGCAUAGCUUCUAUCGCGGGCCUUGAGCCCGGGGACUGAAUCGAGAAAAAUUCCGUAACGAAAAAACCUCACGCUCCCCAUUCCCCAGUCCCCGAGUGGCACAAGCCUUUUUUUUCUAUUUAGAGUCGUAUUUCAUACUAUUUUGUGGUAAGAGUCUCAUUGGUCGGUGUGUUCACCAGCUGGCUUCAGCCCGCGGUCCGUUCUCAGCUUGUGACCGCGCGGCGAAGCGUGUGCCGACGUCGGUAGUCUAGUGGAUGGUACGUUAGAUGUGAUGGUGUGUGGUGUCAUGUGGUACGGUGUUGGCAUUUAGAACAAAGCCGGGCGCUCGCUCGGCGGCGGCGAAACUUAGGUUAAUGUCGCAUUUUGUGUACCAACAAACUACUCAGCGAGACUUAAAGACCCUUCCUAUACUACCUUCAAACCCCCCUCCCUCCCCAUUUUCCUAGUAUUUUUUAUAAUCUCUUGUAAGUGGACUUUUGUAUCGUCUCGAUGUUUUCUCUCUUUACGAGUCAGCGCCGCUUGCCGCCGGUCGCCUCCCCGCGUAGGUUUAAGUAGGUUUUAUCAAAUGUGACGGAAUCAUGGUUAUUUCACGAAUUGAAGUUAUUUAGCUGUAAGUUUAGUUUACGGUUCAGUAUUCGCAUCAAACGCCGACUGCUUCGAUCCAAAUUUUAUUACUGUAGAUGCAUUUUUUAGUUUAGUGGAAUGUUUUAAAUUUUUCUUUUCGGGAGGCGACCGACGGCGACCGGCCGCAAUUAGAUUAGCGGGUAGCAUACUGGCGUAGUACAAAUGGAUGUGUGAGAGAUGCGUACGGUACGUUUGUGUGUGUGCGCGCGUGUCGGAACCGCUCUCGAUUGGUCGAGUGUCACAGUGACGUGCGAUCGCAGGGUUGCCGUAUCCGGGUGGAAGUUUGUGUGACGAUUUAAUUUUUAUAGAUUUAAUUUUUUUAUCUGUGCACUGGUUAAAUUGUCAUACUAACGUGGACGUGUGCAUCGGUCGCGUAUGCUCCGGCCUCUGACUGUAUGGUUGUGAUCUAGCGGGCUCGUUGUUCUCGAACUUCAUCGAAGAAUGUCGCGGAGCAUUGUAAACUAGUCAUCGACAGGGGUUGAUACAGAUUUUGCUCAGGGAAUGUGGAUUAUUAUUUGGAGACACUCGUACUGCCCGUUUAUCAACAGUAUCUAUUUUAGAUUGUAGUUUUGUUAGGUGUUUAUACUCUAUAGUGACUUCUGCGUUGUGCUCCGAGCGAAGCCCGAGUGCAAUCUGUCAAUCUCUUGCGAUUCGUUGUAGAGCGUUAGUUGUCUCAUCGGAAUAACUUAGUGAUAUUUACUAAAACUUUUUUAUAUUACAAAAAAAAAAUUGGACCACUGCAUAGUUGAAUCUACGCUUAUUUUUGUCCUCUCCAUCGGAAUUAUAUAUAAUUUUUAAAUAUUUUUUAUUCAUUAUAUAUUAUUAUUAUGAUUAUUAUGUAUAUCAAACGAUAGGUGCUGUUGUAUUUAAUUUUAAUGUUACUAACGCGAUUGUGAUAGGGAUGCGUCUCUCUCGAAUGAAAUGUUUACAAAAUGAGCCAAAUCAUGUAAAAGGGUAUAUUUGAAUUAUUACUUUUAGGAUAAUCGUGUCGAAAUGAAGUUUUGUAUCAUACAAAUUUUACUACUGACGCUGUCUAAUUUUUCUAAGUACAGAUAGAUUAUAAAAUCAUAUCAUGAUAAUCUUGUUCUUUGACUUUUGUAAAUUAUCGUAGAUUGUUAAGUAUUGUGAGCGCGCUCGCUUGUGGCGCGGGCGCGGAGUGAAGCACAAAGUGAGUGGUGUGACGUCACGGGCCCGGGCCGCCUCCAGCGCGCGCGCGUUGCCUUCGCGUGUCGCAAUCCUACAGAUUAUAGUUUCAAUAUAUCACACUCGUGUUCGAAUCGUGAGUUUAUAUUGUGUCGAGUGAUAAGUAUUUUUGCAUUUAUCGUGUUGUCAGAAUGUAUUCGUGUAGCAUAAUACUUUGCGACCGUCGCUCGCGGGCGACGGAGGCCUUAAAAUGUACCACUCGUCUAUUCAUUGUACCUGUUGAUGAGAUUUGGCUUAGAAUAUUGUUUAAAUUAUACGCAGUUAAAAAUGUAUGCGCAUAAAUAUAUUAUUUAUAAUUAUUGUCACGGUUGCGUAGAUGCGGUCGAGUUGAGGCUAUAUAUUGAUCAUUUCUUACAAAUAGUUUUUCACGUCGAACGCGGCGUUCGUGACGCGGCGUUUGAAAUGUACUGUAACAAACGCCGUGUUACACACGCGCGUUUGACGCGCCGGUUAAAGUUGGAAAAAGAUUUAUCACAGAAUAAAGUACACGUCAGCUAGCCACGCUUCUAAUGACGCAGUAUUGAAACAAACCAAUAGAUGCGCGAUUGUCGCGAUGCAUAACGAGAGCUUUAUAUUACAAGUUUAUCUUAUUUGUAGUAAGACAUGUGAUCUCUUUAUUUUUAAUAGAAUUUUGAUGGACAAUUUUACUUAAUAGAUCUAGCGGUGUGUAGUAUUCGAAAUAGGGAUGUUAUCGCACAUUUUAAUUAUAUUUCCACUGUGUAUAAUUUUUCACAAAACUGAUGCCCUCCAAGAAAAUUUUUGACAUAAUUGCAUCGUUGAAACUCUACAUUUGUGUUAUUCGACAUUCAUUCCGUUUGGAAACGACACUUUUGUGUACAUAUUUGUAUUAUAACUUUUGUAUUCGUGUAAAUAUGUUGUCUUUUGUUUUUUUGAAAUUCCGCGGUUAUUAUUGUGACGUAUUCUUUUUUUUAGUUGUAAAUUUGAACGCAGUUUCAACGAUGCAAUAUCUAUUCGAUACCGCAAGGAGCCUUCAAAAGUCUGUAUAUUUAUUUUGUAAAUAUGUAAUUUCGAUAACAAUUAAUGCUAGACAACGAGCGAGCCGUUGCAUAGAACAGCCGUUUGGACUUCUGCGCACACUAGCAGUUACGUAAACGACUUAGGAACAUUGCAUGAUGGCAACACUCGAUAUUCGAACAUUUGCUAACCUAAACACCUUUUUUCUAUCAUUUUUACUAUAUACAUUAAUAAAUAAGACACACAAUUUGAAUCAAUUUAUUAUAUAAUUAAUUUACAAAACUAUAAAUUUUGAUUUUGCUUUGCCUCAAACGAUAUAUUGUAUCUAAGUGUUGCCAUCGUGACAUUAAGCGAUGCAUUGGCAGUAAACACGUUUGGCACAACAUGUCUACAUCGGUUUGAAGCAAUCACGACCUUGCACUAGCCUCGAAUAAGGUGUAUCUAACAGACAUUCCACAGGCCCUAUCGAAUUAGCUCAAUACAAAAGACUGUAUGAGACUUUAACAAAGAGAAAUAUCAUAAUAAUGAGAAAAAAAAAAAAUAUUUUCUGAAGCACCUUAACGACUUUACAAAACGUGUUUUAUGGUGAUUUAAUGAUAAGAUCGCAAUGUUUAACUCACUAGUAUGUAAGGACAAAUGCUUUACGUCACUGUGAUAGACAAUACAAAUAUAGCUGAGAGAACACCAUAGGCGUUUAUGGGAAAUUUAUUAAAUCGUCUUAUGAGAAAUGGAAUGUAACGUACCUUACUCUCAGUUGUAAUGCUGACGGUACUCUAUUUUGUGGCAUCUUUUGUACUUGGAUUUUAGAAUGUUUUUUCUCAUCGCGAGUCGGUAUCUGGCCGCGCCCUUUCUCAUGUUUUUUACCAAAGUUUCUACCAGUAUUUAUAGAUUUUAAUAUCGUAAAAUUUAACCUCAUGAAUCGUGUUCAUCUAAUUUUGAGCGGAGUUAAAAUGUCAAAAGCGAAUUGUCUCGAUAAAAAAAAGUGGAUUCGCGCUAUUUUUUAAAUGUUUUAUUCUGAUGUUGGCAACGUAGCGUACCGUCAGUAAAUAAAGAAAAAAAGUACAAAUCGUAUGUGCAGAAGUUUCGCGGCUCGAGUGAGUUGAGCGGUGAGGGUGCGUGUGCGUGUGUGCGUGACUGUGCUGCGUGUGUGUGUGUGCGGCCCGCGUCUCGCUGCUCUGUUUGUUGACACAUUAUGUAUAUUUGAAUGAAUCAAAUUAUAAGAGAAUAUGAAUUUUA